CAGCUGCAUUUGGAGAGGGAGAGGGCCAGGUGUGGUCAGAGGAGAUCCAGUGUGAAGGCAACGAGACUCAGAUUCACCUCUGUCCAACAUUCCCUAUGAACCACAACUGCACACAAGAGAACGAUAUAGGACUGAUCUGCGGAGCCGCCUUGAGGUUGGUAAAUGGCAGCAGUCGCUGUUCUGGAAGAGUUGAAGUUCCACACAGAGGACAGUGGGGCACAGUAUGUGAUAACGGAUGGGACCUGCGUGAUGCUGCAGUGGUGUGUAGAGAGCUGGGCUGUGGAGAGGCUGUAGAAGCUCUCAAAGGUGCUCAGUUUGGACAGGGCUCAGGAGAAAUUUGGAUGAGUGAUGUGGAGUGUGUGGGGUCUGAGUCAACAGUGAAGGACUGCAGCGCACAAAGAUGGGGUGCAGAAAACUGUGGUCAUCAUCAGGAUGCAGGAGUCAUCUGCUCAGGAGUCCAACUGGUGGGCCGUUCUCACUGCUCUGGAAGAGUGGAGCUGCUUCAUAAGGAGACCAGACACACUGUAUGCAGUACCACAUUUGACCAGCAGGAUGCAGAGGUUGUGUGUCGACAGCUGGGCUGUGGGGCUCCUGUAGAGGUGCUGGGAGCAGCUGCAUUUGGAGAGGGAGAGGGCCAGAUGUGGUCAGAGGAGAUCCAGUGUGGAGGCAACGAGACUCAGAUUCAACUCUGCCCCACAUCCCCUGUCAACCACAACUGCUCACACAAGCACGAUGUUGGAUUGGUUUGUAAAGAUCCUGUUAAGUUGGUAGACGGUGGCAGUCGCUGCUCUGGGAGAGUGGAGGUUUAUCAUGAGGCUGAGUGGGGCACAGUGUGUGAUGCUUAUUGGGACCAAGUUGAUACAGCAGUUGUGUGUAAACAGCUGGACUGUGGUGAUGCUGUAGAUUCCCUGUCAGAUGCCCACUUUGGAGUGGGAGCAGGGAGAGUCUUGAUGGCUGAGGUUGGCUGUGUGGGAUGGGAGACCAGACUGAAGUCCUGUUCUCGUAAGAGAUUGGGUGAGCACACAUGCCUGCCUAAAGACAGUGUUGGAGUCAUCUGCUCAGAGCACAGAGCUCCCAGGCUAGUGAACGGUUCCCACCAGUGUUCUGGGAGAGUGGAGGUGGAACAUGGGAACACCUGGGGAACAGUGUGCACAUUUGGCUGGCAGGAUGCAGAGGUUGUGUGUCGACAGCUGGACUGUGGGACUCCUGUAGAGGUGCUGGGAGCAGCUGCAUUUGGAGAGGGAGAGGGCCAGGUGUGGUCAGAGGAGAUCCAGUGUGGAGGCAACGAGACUCAUAUUCAACUCUGCCCAACAUCCCCCAUGAACCACAACUGCUCACAUGAUGAGGAUGUAGGGUUACUGUGUUCUGGAUACACUGAUGCCAGACUGGCCAAUGGCAGUGAGUCCUGCUCAGGCCGAGUGGAGCUCAAGUACCUCGGAGAGUGGGGCACAGUGUGUGAUGCAUCCUGGGAUAUGAGGGCCUCCAGCGUGCUCUGCCACCAGUUGAAGUGUGGGAGUGCUGUGGCUGUUGUAGGGGCAGAGUGGUUUGGUGAGGGGAGUGGAAGCAUCUGGCCUGAUGUGUUUGUGUGUGAGGGGAAUGAAACUGGCCUCUUAAGAUGUGGAAUCUCCUCAUGGCGUCGAGCUGCAUGCUCCCAUAGACAGGAUGCUGGAGUGAUCUGCUCAGGUUCCUCCCUCUCCCAGUACAAUGGGACGGUGCGCUUGUCUGGAGAGAGGCGGUGUGAGGGAGCGGUGGAGGUUUACGUCAGUCAGAGGUGGAGGAGAGUUAUGCUGGAGUCCUGGAAUCAGUCUGUAGCCUCCGUGGUGUGCAGACAGCUGGCCUGCGGUUCUGCUGUUAGGUUCUUUGGUUCUACUGACACAGAGGGCGAUGGGUGUGUCUCGGGGAUCCAUUGUUCUGGACGUGAGCCUCAUCUGGGUAGCUGCAGCUUUCCACAGAUACUAAACUGUACUUCUAGCCAGCAGGUGACCAUCGUCUGUUCAGGCCCUCAGCCAGUCAGGUUGACAGGAUCUGGAGGAGACUGUGCUGGCAGGCUGGAGGUUCUCCACAAUGGCUCGUGGGGGACUGUGUGUGAUGACUCCUGGGACAUGCAGGACGCCCAGGUAGUGUGCAGACAGCUGCAGUGUGGCACAGCCCUCAGUGCUGAGGUCCCUGCAUCUGUUCCCCCAGGACAUCUGCCCAUCUGGCUGAGCGAGGUGAACUGCACAGGAGACGAGACGAGCCUGUGGGAGUGUCCCCCAGCAGAGUGGGGGCGGCACGACUGCUCACACAAAGAGGAUGUGCAGGUCAUGUGCUCAGAGUUCAUUCAGCUGAGACAAAACACAGAGCGCCAUGGACCGUGUAAAGGUGUAAUAGAGUUGUACUACAACGAUACCUGGGGGCACAUAUGCUUCAGUGACAUGAACAAAAACACAGGCUCAGUCAUUUGCCAUCAGUUAGGCUGUGGAGGUUUUAUAAAGACCCAUUCAGAGACGGCAAUUAACACCAAGAGACUGAGCCCUCCACAGUGUAGGAAGCACGAUACACACCUUGAGCAGUGCAAACCUUUUCAAUGGGAUACAGCCUGCAGGAAGGUUACUGAUCUAGAGUGUAAAGACACAGGAACUGAAACAAAUGUUCCUAUCAUAGACAAAGAGUCAGUUAAGGAAUGUCCAGUGUCUCCAGAGCUGAGGCUGGUGGGGAGUCCCACUCGCUGCUCAGGGAGGGUGGAGGUGCUCCUGCAGGGAGAGUGGGGGACGGUGUGUGAUGACUCCUGGGACAAGAGGGACGCCCAGGUGGUCUGCAGGCAGCUGGACUGUGGGGAGCCCGUUGAUGAAGGGGGGGAGCAGGGCCCAUUUGGAAGGGGAGGCGGCCCCAUCUGGCUGGACGAGGUGAACUGCACCGGCCAUGAGCACCACCUGUGGGAGUGCUGCCGCGCCCCUCUGAAUCAGAGUGACUGCAUCCAUAAGGAGGACGCCUGGGUCACCUGCACAGGGCCUCCACCUCCCACCACCCGUCCUCCAGUCACCUCUGGGAGAACCACAGGGCCUCCAUGUGAGCCUGAAGGGCUUCCUGUCUCUCCAGCGGCUGCAGCCACUCUGGGGCUCCUGAUCCUGCUGCUGCUGGGCUCACUGGCGGUGCUGGUGGGGCAGAACAGGGCACUCAGGAGAGCUCUCUCCAAAAGGAAACACGUGGAACUGAGUGAAGCUGUCUAUGAGGAGCUGGAUCUCAGACUGACCACAGCCGGCUCCUCCAGAGGUCGUCAUAGAGCACGCGGCCUAUCUGAUGCUCAAAAUUCCUGGUACGAAGACGUGCAGGAGGAUGAAAGGCGACCCAUCUCAGUUGCUUCUCUGAGAGAGCCAACGGUGGAGUACUAUGAUGAUGUCACUGCUGAUGACAACGAGACCAACCUCGAUGAUAUGUUGACAGGAGAGACGAAGACAGAGGAGUACGAUGAUGUGGAUGAUGUCACGAAUGUGGAGAAGUCGUCUGAGGUGACUGGAGCAACAGAUGAUGUUUACACACCAUUUGCCACCUGCACCCCGACCCCCACAACAAGCACAAAUCUUUGCCCAAUUUCAGAGCUUCUGCUGGGGAAGAUGAAGAUCGAGGGCUGCCUGUGGGUCAUUCUCCUGGCCUUUGUGGCCCUGACCAACCAACAAGAUGCUGUGAGGUUGGUGAAUGGAGGCAGUCGAUGCUCUGGGAGAGUGGAAGUUUUUCAAGCAGGAGAGUGGGGCACAGUGUGUGCGGCAGGGAGGGAUCUGUCUGAUGCUGCAGUAUUGUGUAGACAGCUGGACUGUGGUGAUGCUGUAAUAACUCUGCCUGGAACUCACUUUGGAGAGGGAUCAGGGAAAAGCUGGAUGUAUGAAGGGACGUGUGCAGGAUCAGAGUCUACACUGAAGAGCUGUAAACUCAAAGGAUUCAGUGACGUGUGUCCUCAUAACAUCGAUGUUGGAGUUAUUUGUUCAGAUGCUGUGAGGUUGGUGAAUGGCAGCAGUCCCUGUUCUGGAAGAAUCGAAGUUCUACACAGAGGACAGUGGGGCACAGUGUGUGAUAACGGAUGGGACCUGCGUGAUGCUGCAGUGGUGUGUAGAGAGCUGGACUGUGGAGAGGCUUUAGAAGCUAUCAAAGGUGCUCAGUUUGAACAGGGCUCAAGAGAAAUUUGGAUGAGUGAUGUGGAGUGUGUGGGGUCUGAGUCAACAGUGAAGGACUGCAAGUCACAAAGAUGGGGUGCAGAAAACUGUGGUCAUCAUCAGGAUGCAGGAGUCAUCUGCUCAGAUGCUGUGAGGUUGGUGAAUGGCAGCAGUCGCUGUUCUGGAAGAGUUGAAGUUCUACACAGAGGACAGUGGGGCACAGUGUGUGAUAACGAAUGGGACCUGCGUGAUGCUGCAGUGGUGUGUAGAGAGCUGGGCUGUGGAGAGGCUUUAGAAGCUCUCAAAGGUGCUCAGUUUGGACAGGGCUCAGGAGAAAUUUGGAUGAGUGAUAUAGUGUGUGUGGGGUCUGAGUCCAGAGUAAAGAAAUGCAUGCCGCAAAGAUGGGGUGCAGAAACCUGUAGUCAUCAUCAGGAUGCAGGAGUCAUCUGCUCAGGAGUCCAACUGGUGGGCCGUUCUCACUGCUCUGGAAGAGUGGAGCUGCUUUAUAAGGAGACCAGACACACUGUAUGCAGUACCACAUUUGACCAGCAGGAUGCAGAGGUUGUGUGUCGACAGCUGGACUGUGGGGCUCCUGUAGAGGUGCUGGGAGCAGCUGCAUUUGGAGAGGGAGAGGGCCAGGUGUGGUCAGAGGAGAUCCAGUGUGGAGGCAACGAGACUCAGAUUCAACUCUGCCCAACAUCUUCUACACUCUCACACAACUGCUCUCACAAGCACGAUGUUGGAUUAGUUUGCACAGAUCCUGUUAAGUUGGUAGAUGGUGGCAGUCGUUGCUCUGGGAGAGUGGAGGUUUAUCAUGCAGGAGAGUGGGGCACCGUGUGUGGUGUUUCUUGGGACAUGGUUGAUACCGCAGUGGUUUGCAAGGAGCUGGACUGUGGUGAAGCUGUAGAUUUCUCAUCAGAUGCCCACUUUGGAGAGGGAGCAGGGAGAGUCUUGAUGGCUGAGGUUGGCUGUAUGGGAUGGGAGAUCAGACUGAAGUCCUGUUCUCGUAAGGGAUUGGGUGAACAUACGUGCCUGCCUAAAGACAGUGUUGGAGUCAUCUGCUCAGAGCACAGAGUUCCCAGGCUAGUGAACGGUUCCCACCAGUGUUCUGGAAGAGUGGAGGUGGAACAUGGGAUCACCCGGGGAACAGUGUGCAAUGCCACAUUUGACUGGCAGGAUGCAGAGGUUGUGUGUCGACAGCUGGACUGUGGGGCUCCUGUAAAGGUGCUGGGAGCAGCUGCAUUUGGAGAGGGAGAAGGCCAGGUGUGGUCAGAGGAGAUCCAGUGUGGAGGCAACGAGACUGAGAUUCAACUCUGCCCAACAUCUCCUAUCAACUACAACUGUUCACAUGAUAAGGAUGUGGGGUUAGUAUGUUCUGGAUACACUGAUGCCAGACUGGCCAAUGGCAGUGACUCCUGCUCAGGACGAGUGGAGCUCAAGUACCUCAGAGAGUGGGGCACAGUGUGUGAUGCAUCCUGGGAUAUGAGGGCCUCCAGUGUGCUCUGCCACCAGUUGAAGUGUGGGAGUGCUGUGGCUGUUGUAGGGGCAGACUGGUUUGGUUCCUCCCUCUCCCAGUACAAUGGGACGGUGCGCUUGUCUGGAGAAAGGCGGUGUGAGGGAGCGGUGGAGGUUUACGUCAGUCAGAGGUGGAGGAGAGUUCUGCUGGACUCCUGGAGUCAGUCUGUAGCCUCUGUGGUGUGCAGACAGCUGGCCUGCGGUUCUGCUGUUAGGUUCUUCGGUUCUACUGCCACAGAGGGUGAUGGGUGUGCCUCAGGGAUCCAUUGUUCUGGACGGGAGACUCAUCUGGGAAACUGCAGUUCUCCACAGAUACUAAACUGUACUUCCAGCCAGCAGGUGACCAUCGUCUGUUCAGGCCCUCAGCCAGUCAGGUUGACAGGAUCUGGAGGAGACUGUGCUGGCAGGCUGGAGGUUCUCCACAACGGCUCGUGGGGGACUGUGUGUGAUGACUCCUGGGACACGCAGGAUGCCCAGGUAGUGUGCAGACAGCUGCAGUGUGGCACAGCCCUCAGUGCUGAGGUCCCUGCAUCCGUUCCCCCAGGACAUCUGCCCAUCUGGCUGAGCGAGGUGAACUGCACAGGAGGCGAGACGAGCCUGUGGGAGUGUCCCCCAGCAGAGUGGGGGCGGCACGACUGCUCACACAAAGAGGAUGUGCGGGUCAUGUGCUCAGAGUUCAUUCAGCUGAGACAAAACACAGAGCGCCAUGGACCGUGUAAAGGUGUAAUAGAGGUGUACUACAACGACACCUGGGGGAACAUAUGCUUCAGUGACAUGGACAAAAACACAGGCUCAGUCAUUUGCCAUCAGUUAGGCUGUGGAGGUUUUAUAAAGACCCAUUCAGAGACGCCAACUAAAGGCAAGCGACUGGUCCCUCCACAGUGUAGGAAGCACGAUACACACCUUGAGCAGUGCAAACCUUUUCAAUGCGGAACAGCCUGCAGAACGGUUGCUGAUCUAGAUUGUAAAGACACAGGAACUGAAACAAAUGUUCCUAUCAUAGACAAAGAGUCAGUUAAGGAAUGUCCAGUGUCUCCAGAGCUGAGGCUGGUGGGGAGUCCCACUCGCUGCUCAGGGAGGGUGGAGGUGCUCCUGCAGGGAGAGUGGGGGACGGUGUGUGAUGACUCCUGGGACAAGAGGGACGCCCAGGUGGUCUGCAGGCAGCUGGACUGUGGGGAGCCCGUUGAUGAAGGGGGGGAGCAGGGCCCAUUUGGAAGGGGAGGCGGCCCCAUCUGGCUGGACGAGGUGAACUGCACCGGCCAUGAGCACCACCUGUGGGAGUGCUGCCGCGCCCCUCUGAAUCAGAGUGACUGCAUCCAUAAGGAGGACGCCUGGGUCACCUGCACAGGGCCUCCACCUCCCACCACCCGUCCUCCAGUCACCUCUGGGAGAACCACAGGGCCUCCAUGUGAGCCUGCAGGGCUUCCUGUCUCUCCAGCGGCUGCAGCCACUCUGGGGCUCCUGAUCCUGCUGCUGCUGGGCUCACUGGCGGUGCUGGUGGGGCAGAACAGGGCACUCAGGAGAGCACGCGGCCUAUCUGAUGCUCAAAAUUCCUGGUACGAAGACGUGCAGGAGGAUGAAAGGCGACCCAUCUCAGUUGCUUCUCUGAGAGAGCAAACGGUGGAGUACUAUGAUGAUGUCACUGCUGAUGACAACGAGACCAACCUCGAUGAUAUGUUGACAGGAGAGACGAAGACAGAGGAGUACGAUGAUGUGGAUGACGUCACGAGUGUGGAGAAGUCGUCUGAGAUGACUGACUACAUAGAGAACAUAGGAUAUGAUGACGUGGGAGACAGUGAUGAGGGACUCGUAUCAGAGUCUUUGAGAGAGAAGGGGCUGGAAGAUUAUGAUGACAUCACCAGUGAUGACAAUGCCGCUAAAAUGACUAAAGAUGACCUGGAGGAGACAAAGCAUGCCAAUGAAAAAGAACAGGAGUAUGAUGACAGCAGACCAAGCUCAAGAGUAUGAUGGUGUCAUCACUGGGAUUGAUUAUGAUGAUGUCGGGGCGGAGUCUGAGGAGUGACACAUGAAGAGAUCAGCAGAGCAGAGGACUCUCAUCAGCUGUGGUAGACUGGAGUUCCUAGCUUAUUGAUGAGAUGCCAAAUAUAUUUGAUAGCUUAUGACAAAAUAUGUGAAAUGCUUAUUUUUACAAUGAAUAUUUUGUAGGUGUUAUAAUGCCAUUUUUAUUCCAAAAAUGGAUUUUUAUGUUUUUUAUUGUGUGGUUUUUAGGCCAUGUACUUUUGUGUUUUUUCUUGCAAAUAGCAUUCAUAUUCAGCUAAAAAAAGUGUUAAACUUACAGUAAAACAUUAAAAAAAAACUCAAAAUUGUUUGCUGUGAGCGGUAAUAAUUUCACAAUUUCUUUCAAUAACAAAGACUUGUAAGCAAGCAAUAGCAUGAGGAAUACAAUUAUCAGUGAAUAAUUUUUCUGCUUUGUAGAUUUUCUUGACAUUUAACAUUGAUGCAUUUUAAGCACGUCUUGUAUACUAAUCAGUGUGUAACGCAUUCCUAACUACCAUUACACUGUUUUUGUACUAUGAGUCAAUUUGGCAGCUGAGACACCCCUGAGUAAAUCAAGAUUAGCAGAGCGGAAGUAAGCCAAUGCCGUCUCCCUUACUAAAACACUGUUGUAACAAGCUCUUAUGAGCAAGAAAAUAUCUAAUGCUCACAGCUUCCCAUCUCCAUGUUAAUAUUUGAUUGGAUGACAUCGGAUGAUAUGUUUUCUUUGUGUAUCUUGACUGGACAAAUUCCUUAGUUGGUUGUAUGAACCCCCUACAGGCUAAAAUGUGCAAUUGUUGUCAAAAACCUUUGAAAGCCAAAGACAUGUAAAAUGCUUCUGGACCU